CGCUGAAGAAAGUCCCUUUAGAAGUUCCCUCGGCGAAGUCUUAGCUUAGAUGAGACAAAUGGGUCAUCAGUCAGCAUUUGCAAGUUGCUUCCUCAUUGUCCGGUCUGAAAAUCCCGGGAUGAGUAAUUGCCUGCCGUGAUUUGUACUCAGUUAUUUCUUACUCAUACUUCAACUUUCCAGUUCCUUCACUGUGUAAAUUACCUCUCAUACAUCGAGACUUUAUUGGCCUUUGUUCCUAAAAAGCGACUUUACUCUGAACAGACAACAUCUUACCACUUAUACGCCACCGUUCGAUCGUACAUUGUGACGCAGUCCUCCAAUUUAUUCCCGAUUUGCGAUACCUACUCUAGAAAGCCUUGGGAAGUAGUAACAUUAGGGUAUCUUAUAAAAACUCGCCUAUCAUGCCAUCUGCACUCAUCAAUCACAAUAAGUUCGACGGCAUACCCGAAACAAUUGCCGCAUUUCGAAAUGGCGAAUUUAUAGUCGUUAUGGACGACCCGAGUCGCGAGAAUGAAGGUGACUUGAUCAUAGCUGCCGAUAGCAUAACAACCGAGCAAAUGGCUUUCAUGGUUCGACAUACGUCCGGCUUAAUCUGCGCGCCUAUCACACACGCCCUUACGGAAUCCCUAAAACUACCGCAGAUGGUAGAAAAUAGCGAAGACCCUCGCGGAACCGCCUACACAAUUUCUAUCGAUGCCGCCGACCCCUCCGUUACUACCGGCAUCAGCGCCCAUGACCGCGCCCUAACAGUCCGACACCUCGCAGAUCCCAAAUCUACCGCUGUCAGCUUUCGGCGCCCAGGCCACGUGUUCCCCCUGCGCGCACGUCCAGGUGGUGUCAGAGCUCGGAGAGGCCAUACCGAAGCUGGAGUGGACUUUUGUAGACUGGCGGGUAAGCCGGAGGUGGCGGCGAUCUGCGAGAUAGUCGAAGACGGGGACGAGGUCGCCGGGAGGGCCGUGCGAGAAGGCCCGGGAAUGAUGAGGGGUGAGGGAUGUAUCGCAUUCGCGAGGAGAUGGGGACUCAAGGUCUGCACAAUCGAGGAUCUAGUCGACCACAUAGAAAAGACCGAAGGUAAACUUGGCGCCAAUGGGAGCUCAUAGUUCCUUGCCGAGGUAUAAACAUGAAAAAAAAGAUUUUGGAUAUAGAUGGACAGGAGAGCAUCUCUAAUAUGACUACCCGAAGUAGUUGGGGAUGCGCAAGUGUUCGUUGGAGAGACAAAAACACUUAUGUACUUGGUGAAGCAGACGGAGAUACUUUACUUGGAUCAUACGGGGCUUAUAGAAAAAACGUUGGCAGUAUCAAAGUCAUAACUCUGAAUACUACAUUGUAUUAUAUCUAGUUUACAUGGAUCUGAUAUCCAAGCUGAAAUAAAAUAUCCCGAGAUGUAUUAAUUUCAGGAUAACUCUUACACA